AGUACUUAAAACAAGUAAAUGAACCCUCAGUAUAAAUGAUAAAGAAACGAAGAAAUCAAUGAAGUUAAGGUAAAUGUCCAAGGAAAAUGUUAGCCGGUUGUAUAAAACUUCCAGACUGACAAUGAGUUUGACGUGUAAAGUCCGAGGAACGGUGAGAGUGGCUCGGUCGUAGGUGGUGACGCAAGAGGUAAACGAGUAAGAGGGCCCCUACUUAACUCGAAAAGUUAACUCUUGCGAAUCGACGUGCUACAAUAAUAUAAUAAUAAUAUAAUGUAUACGAGCAAUCUCGUAAGUCGUAAGUCGUAUGGGAGAGACUAGUGGAAACCAGGAGUUGAGUGAGUCGCUCCGGCGAUCAACAGCCCAGUCCAGUCGCGUCUUUCAUGCCCGCGGUUUCUUCAUAUCGUACUUCAUCAUUACGUAGUUUUAAUAAUUAUUCCGAAGAAGAAAAUUAAAAUAUACCUGAAGUAAUAGCAGUCAUUUAAGACGAUUGCUAUUUUUUUUUAUUUUGUCAUUUUUAUUUAUAUUUAUAUUGAGAUAUUUAUUACGACGGCCUUAAGAGUGUCCUUUGGCCUUCUCGGAUUUUAUUUAGUUACCGUGAGAUGAAAGCCGCCUGACUGGACUCAAUUCAGAUUUUAAUUCUACUCACGAAGACGGCCCUUGACCCUGCCUCUUCAUAUUUGAGGUUGUCUAUAGAAAAAGGCUUUUCAAUGAUGAAACUACUGGCAGGUGUAGAGCAGGUCAAUGACGAAGAAACUAAAGAGUUAAAUAACUCAAAAACGCUUAUUACUAAUAACAACAAUAUCAAUAACAAUAAUAAUAAAUCAAGCUCUGAUAAAGAAGUUACUAAACCAUGUUUGAGAAAAUUGAAGACAACUGCACACGUCAGACCAAAGGAACCAGCUGAUUCACCAAUAAAAGGUGAAAUUACUCCAGAAGAAGAAGAAAAAUUGCGACGGCUGCUACCGAUCGAGGAAGCACCUGAAUAUCUUACACACAACCCAUUCAUUUUACACGGGUAUCGUGGGUACUUGACAACUAAAUUAUGUAUAGAAAGUAUAUUCUGGUGGACAAAUGAAACCAUAAAUAUAUGGAGUCAUAUAUUUGGUUGGAUGCUCUUUUUAGGUCUAACAGCGUACGACCUUUGUUUGCUCAAUAUACACGCUCCUUUUGGAGACAAAAUAAUUGUUGCGCUUCUACUGGUGUGCUUUCAGGCCUGUAUGAUUUUAUCAUCGAUUUAUCACACAUUUUCAUGCAGGAGCGAAAGAGACUAUUGGUGUUUUUUGUGCUACGAUUUAUUCGGAAUAGCGCUUAGUUUACUUGCUAUUUAUAUGUCUGGAGUUUACUACGCUUUUUGGUGUCACAAAGAACUGCAACAAUUUUACCUGAUAACUGUAUUGCUCAUAUUCGUAAUCGCGAUGGUACUGCAGAUACCGAGUCUUGAAGUAAAUGGUAACGUUAAAUUGCUGGUAUUCGUUGGCUGGGCGGUAUACGGUGUGUUACCAACACUUCACUGGGGUAUCGCUAUGGGCGGCAUGGAGAACCCAAUUGUUAACAUGCUGAUACCAAGAGUAUUAGGAAUGUAUGUUAUUAGUGGGUGCGCAUUUGCCAUUUAUAUGAGCAAAAUUCCCGAGAGGUUUUUCCCAGGUUCAGUAGACUACAUCGGAUCCUCUCAUCAAUGGUGGCACGCUCUUGUUGUACUUGCUUUAUAUUACUGGCACAACACCGGUAUGCUCUACGUCGAGUACCGUAUGAAUCAUGGAUGCCCCACUAAUAUGAAGUUGUGAUAGUUUUAAAUAAAUUUUAAUAAUCUUUAUAAUUAUUAUUUACCUAUAGUAUCAAUUGUUUAUAAUUAUAUAAAUUUAUUAUCACCGCUAAUUAAUAAAUAAGUUAUUUUUAUUAAGUUUUAA